AUGGAGGCCCCUCCACCUCCGCCGCCGCAUGGCUCCCAUCCCGGCGCUGGCACGCAGGGCGGGAGGUCGGGCGGUCUGCCUGAUGGCAAGUAUGACAUUUUUGUCAUUCCUCCGCAUUCCGCUGGCUCGGGGUUUUUGUAUCUGCCCUCCCUACAGACCCAGCGCAACAGUUUUCUGGCUGGUGUUUUUUGCACCGCUGCCGCAUUCUUCAUCUACGCCACCGCGGUGCCGGUUGUCAAAGCAUGGCUACUAGAUACCUUCAACAGUGGAGGGAGCGGCGUGGUCAUGAUCAUGUGUGGUGUUGCAGUGGUGGCCUGGGCAUUUGGAAAGACACAGGGUGAAUGGGCGCAAUCUCCGCCUGCUCCUGGUGAUAGUGGUCACUCUCACCAGGGCAGCGGUGCAGGCUAUGGCAAUGCUAGAUCAUACUCCCAUACUCAACCAGGACCUCAACCUCAUGCACAAAGUCCACCUCCACCACCACCACCGCCGCCUCCUCCUCCCAAUCACGGGACUAAUGCACCUCCUCCGCAGUCCUCCUGGCAGCGACCCCAGGCCAAUACGAAGGCAAACACCACAAGUGGGAAGUCGAGCUGGGAAAAAGCGAGGGAAGAGACGAGGAAGAGAGAAGAAGAAAGAAAACGCGCCGAAGAGUUGAAGAGGCGAAGGGAAGAACUAGAAAGGGAGCGACAAAAGCAGAGAGAAAAAGAUGCGCUGGAGAGACUUGAGCGCGAACGCAAAGAAAAGAAAGAGCGGGAGGAAAAGGAGGCUGCUGCUGCCGCCGCCGCCGCCGCCCAGGCUGAAAAGGAAAGACAAGAACGAGUAGCAGCUGCGGCUGCGGCAGCGGCGCAAGCAUCACCACCGAAGCGUCCCCCCAUGCCCUCGGCCAGAACAGAGCGUGAAGAUGACAGUUAUUCAUUCAGACCAUAUGACCGGCCCAAAAGAACACACAAGGCCAACUCGGCGGCCUCGAUGUACUCGGAAUCAUCGUACGCACCGUCAGAGAGCACGGCGAGGACAACGCCACCUCCAUCUAUGCGAGGCCCAUAUUCCACCAAGGAUCCCGACAAGAUCAUGAUCAAGGGUGUCUUCUCCUUCAAUAACGCUUUUAUGCGAACUCCCAUCUCGCAACUUCGGUCUGGCCAAGGCAAUGUCACCGACGGGCUGAUCCUGCGGAUUACCACAGAAGGGCUGUUCAUCGACGACGACGUCCGGGGCGUCCCUCAGCGAGAGUGGGAUAUUAAGGCUUGGACGAUGAAAUUGGCAGAGGUAUGGUGUCCCGUAUUGAACCCUGGAGGAACCCCUGGAAUCCCCAAACGCAUUUAUUCCCUUGGACUUAGUGCCGAUGCGAGGCAAAAGUCAUCCCCUUCACAGAAUGAUUCGACAGUUUUCGUCAGCAGGCUGUUGUUGAGCUGCACGGAAGGCUGCAAGAUAGCCGUACCUGGAACAGCUACAACCCACAGUCUCCGGUCCAGGAUGCCCCAUCGUCGAAUGGAAAAUGACCAUGACAAUACUAGUACUGACACGAUCCUAUCACAGAGCUGCGAACUCGGCGGUCUACACGUUCUUCGUGCCAGCAUUCGAGACCAAGAAGGAAAGAAGUACGUUUUUGUCUUGUCGCAAAGCGAGGGCUGGAAAGUCGCCAUCGGACUCCAGCGGCUACGGAGGGGCAGUCAAGUUCGAGCGUUGGGCGUGGCCGGUCUCCCACAGAAUGAGGCCCGAGCCAUCCUGGAGAAUCUGGGGUUUGCGUGA